CGUGAUAAUAACACUGAAGUAACAAUCUUUCAAUCAAAUAUGGUAGACCCAGACUUGUGAUCAAAAAUGAUACCAUAGUUUUAGUUUAGUUAAUAGUUUUUUUGAUCUGUUUAAGGUGUAGUGGAGUUUGAAGAAGCACUCGAAACUCGUGACAAACUGAACAUUCAACAGUAAACUUGUGCCUGAUUAUCUCAUCAUCUUUAUUGGAAAGCAAAAGUACAAAACAUCGAAAUGGAUAAAAUUAUUAUUCUUGUAUUACUUUCAACAUUGACUCUUCACAUUUCCUUGGUUAGUGGGAGCAAUGGCGGAAACUUGUUCAGAACAAAUUUUGGUUCCCGUCAGUGGAACCCAAUGAACAACUGGCGCCGACGGCCACAUCCCUUGCUUGAUGACUUCCAACGCAAUGUGAUAUACGAGUCCACAGAUACUGGCUAUGAUGAUGACAUUCUGAGAUUCGCUGAGACUUCACAAAACAAUGAACAAUUCCUUUUGAAGAGAACAUCCACUGAUGGAAAUCCGAUCAGAGCAUAUGUUGGUGGCAGUCGGUGGAACCCAGAAAACAAAUUGCGCCAACGUGUCCACCCCUUACCUAUUGGCUUCAAACACAAUGUGAUAUACGAGUCCACAGAUACUGGCGUUGAUGAUGACAUUCUGAAAUCCUCCGAGACUUCUCUCGAAAAUAAUGAGCGAUUCAUUUCGAAAAGAUCACCCCCUUCGAAUUCACUGUGCGAUGUUGUAUCCACACUUAGGAUACUUGGAAACGAUACCGAUGGCUACGAUUACCGACCAAAAGCCUUUUCUACCGUUACCUGUUUGAAUUCGCAUGAAACAGGUGAUCCGUCUACGUGCUCAAUGAUGGGUUACAACUGCAUACAAGUUAGAGGAUCAGUUUUCGUCACUAGAAGAAAAAAUCCCAGCAAAAAUUCCAAGACAACGGGCUGCUGGGAACACAUAGAAUUGGAAGAUAUCGAUUUUUCUUGCGAAUGUGGGCACUAAAACAUUGGUUUGGGAACACCCCAACUCAAACAUGCAAGAAAUAUACCAACAGUUGAACAAAGUUUAGCAGUUCGAAGAAGUAGACUAGUGAUGUACAAAGCGAAAGAUGGAGAAAUUUGAAAUGCAAUUAGUACGAGAAGAGCUACAACCGAGUUUUGAAUGAGCCCUUUUGUUUAUUUAUCGCGAAUGUCCGAUUAAUUACGGGAGUGUGGAAGGUAGAGAUGAAAUUAAACGUUAGUGUAUUUCUGUGAAAAUCAAUAAUGUUAUCACUAAUUAAUUAUAUUAUGAUAUUUAUUUCACUAUUUAUUGUAGAAUA